GAAGUUUUGGUGGUGGGAAAAAAAAUCGAAAAGGAAGUAGUUUACCGCAGGAGCCGAUCGCUUGGGUGUCAGUUAUACCAUUAAGAAAAUACGAGCGCGCUGCGUUCAUUUAACUGCGGAGAAGAACACGCGCCAGAGUGGUCAGCCAGCCUCAGAACAAUGUCCGGCACGCAAUUUAACAAAGGACCGACCUACGGCUUGUCUGCCGAAGUCAGAAGCAAAAUCGCUCAGAAGUACGACGCGCGGCGGGAGGAGGAGCUUCGGCUGUGGAUCGAGGAGGUGACGGGCAGCGCCGUCGGCGAGGACUUCCAGAAGGGGCUGAAGAACGGGACCAUCCUCUGCGAGCUCAUCAACAAGCUGCAGCCGGGAUCGGUGAGGAAGAUCAGCCGUUCCUCCCAAAACUGGCACCAGCUGGAGAACCUGUCCAACUUCAUCAAAGCCAUCACAGCCUACGGGCUCAAGCCCCACGACAUCUUCGAGGCCAACGACCUGUUCGAGAGCGGGAACAUGACACAAGUGCAGACCACCCUUCUGGCUCUCGCCGGCAUGGCAAAGACCAAGGGCCUGCAGUCCUGUGUGGACAUCGGGGUGAAGUACGCCGACCGGCAGGAGCGAUCAUUCAACGAGGAGAAGAUGAAGGCUGGACAGUGUGUCAUUGGGCUGCAGAUGGGCACUAAUAAGUGUGCCAGCCAGGCUGGUAUGAAUGCUUAUGGCACCAGGAGGCACCUGUAUGACCCCAAAGCCCACAUCCUCCCCCCCAUGGACAACUCCACCAUCAGCCUGCAGAUGGGCACCAACAAGGGUGCCAGCCAGGCUGGCAUGACUGCCCCGGGGACCCGCCGUGCCAUCUACGACCAGAAGCUGGGCACCGACAAGUGCGACAACAGCACCAUGUCCCUGCAGAUGGGCUACGCGCAGGGAGCCAAUCAGAGCGGCCAGAACUUCGGCCUGGGUCGCCAGAUCUACAACUCCAAGUACUGCCCCAGGAGCGAGGAGGAGCAGGAGCUCAACGGGGCGGAGUCAGGCGGCCUCGUCCUGGAACAGUACCGGGACGACGGUUACCAGGGUUACCAGGAUGACGAACAGCAGGCGUACCCGGGGAACGGGCACCAGGAGCAUCCGUAUGAAGAGAACCCUGAGCACUGCCACGAGCAGGACCCAGAGUACCACGGGGAUGAGAACCUGGGGUACCACGACAACCAGAACCAGGAUUAUGAGGAGGUGGAACCGCAAGAGGACCGGGAACAAGAACCGGAACCGGAACCGGAACCCGAACAAGAACAGGAACAGGGGCUGGAACAGGGGCUGGAACAGGGGCUGGAACAGGAAGUGGAAGAGGGGCUGGAACGGGAACAGGAGCCGGACCAGGAACCUGAUGGAAACACCGAAGAGGACAAAGAUGACUAGAGUCAGCCCGCCUCUCGCUUCAAAUAAGAUUUCUUCCUUCUGGUUUUAUUUUGUAUAAUUGAUGGAGUGCCCCCGAAAGAAUGAUGACCAAAAAAAAAAAAAGAACCAAACAGGAAAUCUUUCUCCCAUACCCUCUGCCUUGUUUUAUUUGAUUAUUUUUU